AUGGCUAAGCACACAGCGGAGAAGACGACACCGGAAGGGCCUUUAGAUGAGCAACUGAUCCAGCCGCAAUUGACGCCGUCGGCGGACCUCGAAGGACAAGCUGCGCCAGCUGAAGAACAUGAUGUCUUUGGCAACGAGGAAGGUGCGGAUAUACAGUAUAAGACGUGCAAGUGGUGUCAAGUGAUGCUCGCAGAGAAUGUUUCACUAGGUGUCCUCGCCCUUCCACAAGCUCUCGCGAUCCUCGGUCUCGUCCCCGGUCUCCUCUGCAUAUACUUCCUAGGCAUCAUCGCUACAUACACUGGCUAUCUGAUCGGCGAAUUCAAGCUGGCUCAUCCGUCUGUAGCAAACUACGCGGAUUGCGGCAUGCUCAUUGGCGGGCCAGUAGUUCGCGAGGUGCUUGCUGUCGGACAACUACUAGUCCUAAUCUUCAUCAUGGGGGCGCACAUCUUGACCUUUGCGGUCGCGACGAAUGCGAUGACCGACCACGGCACCUGCACCAUCGGUUUCACUGUUCUCGGACUGAUCAUCUCCUUCCUGCUAGGGUUGCCUAGAACGUUCAAGAACAUCAGCUACUUUGGCUACUUUUCUUGCGCUUCCAUCAUUUUGGCAGUUACGGUAACCAUGAUCGCGAUUAGUAUCCAGAAGCCAGACAUGGGCAACAUCGUUGCUGUGCGGCCCGAUGUACCACUCGUCAAAGGACUCGCACCCAUUAUGAAUAUCGUCCUAGCUUACACUGGACACGUCGCCUUCUUCUCGUUCCAAUCCGAACUCGAAGACCCUCGCGACUUUCGCAAAGCUCUCAUAUUCGAGCAGGGAAUUGCAGUCAUAUUCUACAUGCUCAUCUCCGUCAUCAUAUACUACUACGCCGGGCCUCUCGUAGCUUCACCUGCUCUUGGUUCGGCAUCUCCACUCGUCAGCAAGAUUUGUUUUGGCAUCGCGCUGCCCAUAAUCAUCGUCGCAGGCGUAGUCAAUGGCUCUGUAGCGACCAAAUACAUCUACUUUCGCGUAUGGAAGGGCACAAAUGUAGCAUCUACUAACAGCUGGAAGAGCUUGGGAAGUUGGGGCGUUAUAUCAGUGCCGAACUUCAAUUUGUUGUUGGGACUGAUCGGAGCUCUCUUUGGAAGUUGCUUUAGCUUCCACUCCUCAAGACGUUACAAAACGAGUGCUGACUCCGCGCUACAGUUUGGGCUUGGUAUGUGGUCGUCUGGAUGGGCGUUGAACCGCGGGUCUGGUGGCAAGGUAUUCUCUUGCGACGACAACUGGCAUCCUGUGGGCUGGGUUUCAGGAGUUACCAACGAUGCAUAG